AUGAAGAAGUUGGUUCACUUGGUGUUACUUCUCGUGAUUGUGGCCAUUGCUGGGGCAGAAGCUGACGGCUAUGGCGUGUGUGGCAAGUUCAGUCCAGAUAGAAUGCUCACACAUGUUCUUUGUCACUGUUCCAAACCAGCCAGAGACUUGACCGUUCCUGUGUCUCCAAAAUGCUGCGAGCCUCUGUCACAAGUUUCAGCGGAAUGCUUCUGUGCCAUGAUCAAAACUGACACGUGGAAAUACUCAGGCAUCAACCCUAGAAUCGCCUUCACCAUUCCCGGACAACUUAAGCCAAUUUAUGGAAAACCUAAGAAAGACCCACAUGGCUGCAACAAAGAACGUGUUAAGGUAUCUCAAGUACAAACUAGGAAUUGGGAUACUGCUUGCUUACUUGUUCGAGAGCUGAAGAAAUCAGAGAGGAUAAAGAAGUUGGUUUGCUUGGUGUUACUUCUCGUGAUUGUGGCCAUUGCUGGGGCAGAAGCUGAUGGCUAUGGUGUGUGUGGCAAGUUCAGUCCAGAUAGGAUGCUCACUCAUGUUCUUCAUCACUGUGCCAAACCAGCCAGAGACUUGACCAUUCCUGUGCCUCCAAAAUGCUGCGAGCCUCUCUCACAAGUUUCGGAGGAAUGCUUCUAUGCUAUCAUCAAAUCUGACACGUGGAAAUACUCAGGCAUCAAUCCUAGAAUUGCCUUCACCAUUCCUAGACGCUGCCAUCUCAUUCCCCAUCCCUAG